GCAAGAAUAAACCCUCCUCCAACAGAAUUCUUAAGAGCUUGAGCUGAGCUGUCAAGCCGUUGCUGCCAAGUUCGAAACAGAGAAUGCUGCCCCGCCGUCAGGCCAUCUUCUGCUCCACCCAGGGCCCUCCACUGUUCCACGGGUGAUCCGCGAGUACGUGCUCUCGCUCCGCUCCCUCGUGGAAGACGGCGACGACUGGGGAUCAAGCGCCUGGUUCUCCUUGCAUGCUGCUGUUACAUCUCUGAGAAAGAUGAGCCUUGGAACCAGUCUGCCGCCUUCUCCGCACAUCGAGCCAGAGCAAGGGUUGCAGAAAGCCGGCGCGAGAAGACAUUCCUCAUCACAACCGUACAUUAGGACGAGGACUGGAUGCCGAACGUGUCGGGACCGCAAGGUCAAAUGCGAUGAGUUGCGGCCCCGAUGUGAACAAUGCCAACGCCUACAACUCUUCUGUGAAUGGAAACCACGACUCUACUUUCGCAACGACACGCCACGGAUCCUCCGUCAACAUUCCAAUGUCGACAAAUCCAGUUCUCACGUUUGGGUUCAUGAGAGUGCUCCGGUGAUCCCUCCCGACCAUCGUGACGACCUUCCGAGCUUUGGCAUGUUGCCAACCAACGACCAAAAGGAACAAAAGGCAGGAUUCCACGACGCCGGGACGUUUAUCAUGGUAGCGACACCCGAAAGCUUUGAACGUCUUCCUGAAUAUCACCGAUCGCCGACGCAAGACCGAAAUCUAUAUCCUCUUUCGCCAAAACCGAUAACAUCCUACAGAUCGCCAUGUUCGAGUGGUUCCUGGUGCGCAGAGCUCCGCCAACCAGACCCAGACGUUCACAUGGUCAGGACCAGUGGCGAUAUCCACGCCUUUUUGGAUCUGGAAUUUGAACCCUGGACGUCCGACAAGGAUCCCAAUCUGGUGCGGCCGAAAACUGGCGGGCCGCGGGUUUCGGUCAGUGCAGUGGUCAAGGGCAAAGAAAACUCGUUGUUGGCGGACUACGGAGCUCGGAUCUGGCGAGAACUGGCCCAGGCGACGACCGACCACCUUGCCUCUUACCGAUGGAAAUGACAUGCUACUACUUAAAAGCCCACAAGAGACCGAAAGCUAUGGUGGCCCAUCGAUACGAGUCGCUCUAUUGCAGGUGAAGUUCCAGUCUAACAGGUGAACUCCCACAGAUUCGGUCCUACUUCGACAGAGACCCCGACACCUACAGUGCAUUCGACAUGUAACAAGGAAAGGUCAACAAGGUUGGCCAUAUCAUCGCGGUUCAAAGCAAUGUUUCGGGACCGGCGUACCAACUCCCCCUUCGAGGUGGUCUUCUGCUUGAACAUGUCUCCCCUUUCGCACAGGCCUGCGAAAUGGCUGUGGUCAUACCGCUGCGCCUCGCAGACGACAUUGCAGAUGUGAAGAUAUUGGCGACCGGAAAGGGGACUGCGGAGUUUGCCUUAAGUGCUACGAUGUCGCCAGCUGAGCCUAUACAAAUAGUGCGAGAUGGCCACCGGCAUCCACGGCUUAUCGGGACAUGUCGACUCUGAACCUUGCUUUGAACGGGGCAUGAGAGGGCAUCUUACAGCUCGAAUCACUUUGGGUGCGAUAGUGACUUUGUACAGUCAGGAUGAUCGGCUUUUAUGAGAACUAUUUCCCGCAGAAGCCACCGUCGACAAUCAGGCAGGCUCCAGAGGUGAAGGUAUUUCCCGGGGCGACCAGGAAGAGCAUCGCGGGCACCAGAUCCUGCGGUUCGCCCCAUCGCUGCAUCGGCACCCGCAUCAUGAGAUAAUCCACCAUCUUCUGGUCAUCUUGAUACUGAGCAGUCAUGGACGUCCGCAUGAAUCCCGGGGCGAUGCAGUUCACCUGGAUGCCUUUGCCCGCCCACUCGUUGCUGAAAGCCUUGGUCAUCUGCAGGACCGCGCCCUUGGUGCUCGAGUAGACGCUCGUGUUGAAUCCCGCCUGAUAGGACGUGACGGAGGCAAUGUUGACGACCUUCCCGGGCCGUCCGAGCGCCAAGAGUUUCCGGCCAAAUUCCUGCAUCGAGAUGUAGAAUGACUUGAUGUUCACCUCCACCAGCUAUCGAAAGAGGUGUGUGUGAGUGUCUAGAUCAUUCUUCCGUGCGGGAGAAAGGGUCUUGGAGGGUUCUCGGGUCUUACCAGAUCAAGCUCGUCGUCGGUCGCGUUCUCACAGAGAUUCCGGCGCAUGACACCCGCGCAGUUGAUCAAGAUGUCGGGCACGACCUCGGCCUUCCAUAUUGACUGGUAGCACUCCCGGAGGCUCUUGGGGUUUCGCAGGUCGCAGUGGAACGCCGUCACUUUGCCCCCGACGUCCUCGAUCUUGGCCUUCAGGUCCGAGGACAUGGGGUCGUUGGGGGCUUCGAUGGAGAUGACGGUCGACACGCCGGCCUGGGCCAGCGCGGUCGCCAGUGCCGAGCCCAGGCCACCUGGUUGGGGGAGUGAGUAGGUGGGACAUCACACGAAGUUGCCAGAGCCGGGGGAGAGACAUGUAUUACCUGUCGCGCCCGUCAUGAUGGCGGUCUUUCCCCCCAGGGAAAACAUGUUGCUGAGGUAUUGCGAUGCCAUGGUUGAUCGAGGAUAGUCACUCCGUCAGACGGGGGAGGUCAAGUGAGUGAUAUUGCCGUACACCACGGCUGUAUAUAUAUAGAAACUUUCGGGAGGAAAAGAUAUUCC